AUGGACCUUUUCAACUCUGCUCUUGGAAGAAAUAUCACCUUUAUUCGUCCUGCAUAUUUCAUAAUCAGUGGAUUUGUUGGCAUUCCUUACACAGAGUACUACUAUGUUUUUCUCUGUUUUGUCUAUAUUGCUUCAGUCCUUGGAAACACAGUAGUGAUGGUUCUGAUCUACCUGGAUCAUAACCUCAGAACUCCUAAAUAUAUUGCAGUUUUUAACCUUGCUUUUGUAGACCUGUUAGGAAACACUGUUCUGGUGCCAAAGGUGAUUGAUAUCUUUUUAUUUAAUCACCUCCUCAUCCCUUACAUUGACUGUUUGAUUUUUUGUUUUUUCUGCUACACCUGCCUUUCAAUGCAGUCUCUAAACCUGGUUGCUCUCUCCUACGACCAGGUGGUGGCUAUAAUGUUUCCUCUGCACUAUCAGACAAAGGUUACCAACAGAUUCAUGUUUAAUUUGAUAGCUUCUUUCUGGCUGUUUGUCAUAAUUGCUAUUCUAAUGCUAGUUGGUCUUCUCACUAGACUCUCUUUCUGUGAUUCAGUGGUAAUUAACAGCUAUUUCUGUGAUCAUGGUCAAAUCUUUGGUCUGGCAUGCAAUGAUAAUUUUCCCAGUGACGUUAUUAGUUAUUUGUUGCCAGUUCUCAUUCUUUGGAUUCCUCUAUUAGUCAUCUUAUCAAGUUACUUUUGUAUCGGGUAUGCUUUGUCUAAAAUAGCAUCAGGUCAAGAAAGGGCAAAGGCACUGAAAACCUGCUCAGCUCACAUUUCAUUGGUGGCAAUCUUUUUCACCCCCAUUUUAAUCACAUUUACUAUUGGUCCACAAAUACAUCCUAAUGCUAGGAUAAUAAACUUGUCUCUGACUUCUGUUUUUCCUCCUAUGUUGAAUCCAAUUAUUUAUGUUUUACAAACACAAGAAAUCAAAAAUUCAAUGAGGAAAUUGUUAGAAAUGAGGAGAAAAUCCAGAAUCAUGGUAAAGUGA